AUGAUAAAUUUUGAUUCACCUGUACAAAAAAGAGAAGAUUGUCCAUAGAUGUAAUUAGAUGAGUUACAAACAUUAGAUAAUACCUCAAAUAUUGAUAAAAACUCUCAAAAUUUCGAUUAGUAAUCCAAAAAAAAGACACAUAUUAGCUAAUUUAAGUAACAACAAAAUAAAGAUUAGACUUCUAAUAAAGAUGAUAGUUAAUAGAGUAUUCUAAAUCCUGCAAAAAAAGUGCCACUAAAUCAGCCUCUAUGGAAAACAUAAUGGCAACAUAAAUUUAUUUAAUUCUGGUAAACCCUUUUCAACAGGAGAAUAAUUUCUUUUUCUUGCUUUGCAUUGUAAGUUGGAGAUGUCGUGAUUUUCUCUCUAAUAUCUGCAUUAUUAGCGAUUGUUUGUGUUGACAUGACAGAUACUGCUUCUUCAGGAGAUAUGGCUUCUAUUGUAAUGGCUGCAACAGUAAUUUUUGGAUGCAGAAAUGGUUUAUUAAGCUACCUAUUUGGGCUGAGUUUAGAGAAAGCUGUUCUCUGGCAUUAAUUCCAUGCUUGGAUAACGCUUGGAAUGUCCUUUAAUCAUUGGUUUAAUUCGGAUUCACUAUUUAGUGGAUAUUUAGUAGAAUUUCCUCUUAUUGGAUUACUCGCAUUUUCAAUCAAACCAGUUAGGAGAUAUUUAUGGGAGUUUUUCAUGAAAAUGCAUUGGCUCCUCAUUAUAGCUCUAACAGUUGGGUGUGUGGCUCAUAGCGUUACUUUUACAUUAUUUGGACUUGGAUAUUUUGUUCUAGAUUUAGGUUAUAGACUUUAUACAGUUUGUAAACAUAUAAAUAUGUCACAACACAUGAAUCUAGAAAAAGUGGGAUCAAAUAUCACAAAAAUUACUUUGAAAAAAGAAAAUUCAAAUUAUAAAGGUGGCUAAUAUUUCUUUUUAAUGAUUCCCAAGAUAAGUUAUUUCUAAUGGCAUCCUUUCUCAGUUUUUAGUGCUUCCUAUGAAGAAUAUAUAGUUAUUUAUGUUAAAAGUCUUGGAGAUUGGACAAGCGAACUUUAUAGGAUAGCUGGAGACUAAGGAAAGCCUACUGUAAUUAAAGGAUAUGUUGAUGGCCCUUAUGGAUAUCAUUCAAUCAGCAUUGAAGGAGACAAAUACAAAAAUUUUCUAUGUAUAAGUGGUGGAAUAGGUGUUACACCUAUUAUUAGCACAGCUAAAGAAAUCCUUCAUUAAAUGGAUUAAGGAAGACCUAUCAGUAAUCUUCAUUUUAUUUGGACAGGCAGAGACUCUGCUAUUGUUUAAAGUGUGAUCAAGCCAGGGGAAUUAAAAAAUUUAUUAAACCAAGAUGAUAGCAAUAUCUUAAAAACGUUCUAUCACUAUUCAGAUAAGGGCGAUAAAAAAAUAGAUCAAUUAUAGAGUGAAGUAUAAAAUUGCUAAGAAAAAAUGGUUGAACUGGAUAAAGGAAGACCAGACUUUAACAAAUAUUUUGAAGUGGCCUUUUAAGCAGCAAAAUAGAGUGGUCAUAAGUUAGUCGGAGUGCUCACAUGUGGUCCUUAAUAGUUAAUUGAUACAGUAGAGAUUAAUUCUAUGAAAUGGUCGAAAGAAGGAAUUAGGUUUGAUUGCCAUUAAGAAGUUUUUAAUUUCUGA